UGUGCUUUGGUGCAGUGAAAUGCUACAUGAUGCCCUACAAUUCUCCGCUUUCUUUCCUUGUUGAAAGUCCGAGCUCUCCUGGCAGGGGAAAAUGGGACGAGGAGAGCAGCGGCCCCUUCUCUCUGACCGCAACCACACCACCAAGCCCGCCUGACCAAGCUUAGCAAAUUCAAUGGGCAACCUUCAGCUCGACAAAGUCGCCGAAAGCCUGGGCAUCCCAGAGCACGUCCUCGUUUCGGAGGUCGGCUUACCUGUCAUUGGCGCUCUUCUCGCCAUCUUUUUGGGUGGCAUCAAUUGCGCCCUCUUCUCAUCCUAUCUAUGGGAGUUCUGGAAGAUCGAAGAUAGGGUUCGGCUUUCCACUGUCUCUGCCGCCGUUCUCUGCGGUUUGAUCGACGUGAUGGUCCUCUUCUCGUUCAUCUAUGACAAGUGCACCCAGGAUCCCAACGGCGAUUUCAGGAUCCAGCACGGCGAGUACUUCGUCGAGGGCCUUAUCAACUUCCUGGCGCAAGGCACUUCCCAGUUCUUCUUCCUCCGACGCCUCGAUGUGUUCCCCUCGCUUCGUACCUCUCCCCUCGUCAUUGGUCUCGGUUUCGCCAUUGCUGUGGAAACGCUCAUCGGGAUCGUCUCGGAGGCCCUCGUUUUCACCAUUGCUGACUACCGCGACGAAAACAAGAUCAAAGGCCUGGACCCCCUCCGCGUGUUUCCCCUCGUCCUUGGCAUACUGAUAGACAUGACGAUCACGUUCAAGCUCAUUUCCAAUAUCCGUCGGCUCGACGACAAAUUCUCAGAUGUCAAGAAGAUCCUUGAGCGACACAACAUGAUUGCCUGCGCGGCCAUGACGCUCGUCGCUACAGGCUGCACCCUCAUCUUUGCAGCUACUCGCAGCGUCGGCAUGAUGUCCAUUCUCCGCUUUCCCUUGGUCAGUCACGUUGCUGCUGUGUCUUUUCUUGGAUCUGUGCUUAAACAUAGUUGCACGCUUGCUUGUCAACAGCCUCAGGUCAACAGUGAGUGUCAGCAAAGAUUAGGGGUGCUCAAGCGGUCAUUAAUUUAGCACGAUGCUGACCUUGUUUCCUUUGCAGUCUUGUGCAUGCUAGCAACGCUUCUGUCCCGCCAGACGGUCCGAAAGGAGGUGCCUCGGACAGUGCGCAAGAGGGGCAGACGCAUGUUCUCUUUGCGCAGGGCCUCUCGAGUGCUGUCAACCGGAGCA